ACGGCUAGUAAAACUGUGGCUCACAGAGGGGCAUCAUGUCAGAGUUGAGACAGGAGGGUCUUCACGCAGUGGAUCCACAUCAAUGUUGCUGCGGACAGCGGGCCGUCCCUCAGGGCCACGCCGCCCGGCGCCGCUGAUCAGCGGGGGAUCACCGAGCAAAGCAGCGGGGUUCGCCUCCUCCUUGUGGCUUCAGGGGAGAACGCACCUUAGGAUCUGCGUGAUGGAAGUGACUCCGGAGCACAUCCCCGCGGUUAACCCCUUCACGCCCAGGGCUGCGCUGGUGGCGUGCCUGGCUCUGCUGCUCUCCGUGUGGCUCCGGCUCCGGCUCCGGCAGCGGCGGGCCCUCCCCGGCCUGCCGGGGCCCUUCGCCUGGCCCGUUAUCGGGAACGCCGCGCAGCUCGGCAACGCGCCGCACCUCUACUUCUCCCGCAUGGUGAGCAAAUACGGCAACGUGUUCCAGAUCCAGCUGGGCAGCCGCGCCGUGCUGGUCCUGAACGGCGACGCCAUCCGGGAGGCGCUCAUCAAGCAGGGCCUGAACUUCGCCGGGAGGCCGGACUUCACCUCCUUCAAGCACAUCUCGGCCGGCCGGAGCAUGGCGUUCGGCACCGUCACCGACUGGUGGAAGACGCACCGCAAGGUGGCCCAGUCCACCGUGCGCAUGUUCUCCACCGGCAACCCGCAGACCAAGAGGGCGUUCGAGCAGCACGUCGUCGGCGAGUUCAGGGAGCUGCUGCGGCUCUUCGUGGAGAAGACGCGCGGGGAGCGCCACUUCCAGCCCGGCGCCUACCUGGUGGUGUCCACGGCCAACGUGAUGAGCGCCGUCUGCUUCGGCAAGAGGUACGCCUACGAGGACGCGGAGUUCCGGGAGGUGGUGGGCAGGAACGACAAGUUCACGCAGACCGUGGGAGCGGGGAGCAUCGUGGACGUGAUGCCCUGGCUCCAGUACUUCCCCAACCCCAUAAAGACCAUCUUCGAUGACUUCAAGAAGCUCAACCAGGACUUUGUGGUGUUCAUCCAGGACAAAGUGACGGAGCACAGGAAAACCAUGGAGUCCGGCAUCACCAGGGACAUGACGGACGCGUUCAUAAAGGCUCUGGACCAGAUCAAAGAAACCUCGGGGCUCCAAGGAGGGACGGACUAUGUGACCCCCACGAUAGGGGACAUAUUUGGAGCCAGCCAGGACACCCUGUCCACUGCGCUCCAGUGGAUCAUCCUCAUUUUUGUCAAGUACCCUGAGAUGCAGGCGCGCCUUCAGCUGGAGGUGGACAGAGCUGUGGACCGGAGCCGCCUGCCCUCCAUCGAAGACCAGAGCCGGCUGCCGUACGUCAUGGCCUUCAUCUACGAGGUGAUGCGCUUCACGAGCUUCGUCCCCCUCACCAUCCCCCACUCCACCCUCACGGACACCUCCCUCAUGGGCUACGCCGUGCCGAAGAACACCGUCGUCUUCAUCAACCAGUGGUCCAUCAACCACGACCCGGCGACGUGGUCCAACCCGGAGACAUUUGACCCCGAGCGCUUCCUGGACGCCCAGGGGGCGCUGAACAAAGACCUAACCAGCAACGUGCUCAUCUUCUCGGUGGGACGGCGGCGCUGCAUCGGCGAGGAGCUCUCCAAGAUGCAGCUCUUCCUCUUCACGUCGCUGCUGGCGCACCAGUGCAACAUCACCGGCGACCCGCUCAGGGCCCCCACCCUGGACUACAAGUACGGCCUGACCCUGAAGCCGCUCGACUACUCCAUAGCCGUGUCCCUGCGGGAAGACAUGGCUCUGCUGGACGCAGCGGUGGCUCAGCCGGACGCAGCGGCGGCUCAGCCGGCGAGAGACGAGCGCCCAGCAGGCGUACAGGCGACGGGUUAAAGGAGAAACUGUGAGGACUCAGAAAAUGAAGAAUGACGGAGGGGACCCGAGCGUCGGGUUACGUCUACACAGGCGGCAGACACACAGAAAAAGCUAUAAACACCUCUGGUAAAUAUAUGUACAGGGCCUUGAAAUGAACCUCAGAAGUAUAACCUCGCACUGAAAUACGGAGAAGAGUCCCGCUUUUAACUUUAGCAGAUUUGAGUGAUCUCUGCGUGGAUUUGACCGCAUGUGUUGGACCGAUAGGCUCACUGAGGACCAGAGUUCAGUCCGCCAAAGCUUUAUUAAAGAUGUCCUGACAUUGCAAAGGUUAUGCCAAAGGUUUUUUCAGAGAAGCAGGCCCACAGCAUCACAGAUCCUCCACUGUGCUCCACAGUGGGCCCGAGACACUUCUCCACAUCCUCAGCCUUUGAUUGGCACACAACCCGGCUGCAGCCAUUGUUGCUAAAAAUCUCAAUCUCAGUCUUCAUUUUAAGGCUUUUAGCACAUCUUUACCAGGGGUUGCCAGCAUCUGCGUCUGCAUCCCAGCUCUCACGGUCCCUCCCUUGUGCGAGACGGAAGCAUCUGCUUCGCAGGAGGCGCGGCGCAGAGCCUCCACCCACAUGCAGCGUUAGUCAGCCGUGCCGCACAGCAGCUACCCGUGAUCUUCUGAUUGAUCAGAGAGGAGGACUGCAGUCAGCUGCUUGGUAACCAGAGGACGGUCUGGGGAAAAGACGCCAAGCAGGCAACAAUGAAGCUCCGAUUUCAAAGACAAUAAAAAAAAGAAAAG